AUGCUCCUGGACGCCGGACCCCAAUACCCAGCCAUUGGUGUCACCACCACAUUCGGCUCCUCCCGACACCACUCCACCGGCGACGUGACGGAGCGCGAGGUGGGCUUGGGCAUCAACCCGUUCGCCGACGGCAUGGGCGCCUUCAAGAUCAACCCCGGCGGGCACGAACUGGCCUCCGGACAGACUGCGUUCACCUCUCAGGCUCCGGGCUACGCCGCAGCGGCUCUGGGCCACCACCACCACCCGGGUCACGUCAGCUCCUACUCCAGCGCAGCCUUCAACUCCACCCGGGACUUCCUCUUCCGAAACCGGGGGUUCGGAGAAGCCGCCAGCGCCCAGCACAGCCUGUUCGCCUCGGCCGGGGGGUUCGGAGGACCUCACGGCCACACGGACGCCGCCGGACACCUUAUCUUCCCGGGGCUGCACGAGCAAGCGGCGGGCCACGGCUCCCCCAACGUUGUGAACGGACAGAUGAGGCUGGGCUUCUCUGGGGACAUGUACGGCCGGCCCGACCAGUACGGACAAGUCACCAGCCCCAGGUCCGAAACACUAUGCCUCCACCCAACUCCAUGGCUAUGGCCCUAUGAACAUGAACAUGGCUGCCCACCACGGAGCGGGGGCCUUCUUCCGAUACAUGAGGCAACCCAUCAAGCAAGAACUCAUCUGUAAGUGGAUUGAGCCCGAGCAACUGUCCAACCCCAAAAAGUCGUGCAACAAAACUUUCAGCACCAUGCACGAGCUGGUCACCCAUGUCACGGUGGAGCACGUUGGAGGACCCGAGCAGUCCAACCACAUCUGCUUCUGGGAGGAGUGCGCUAGAGAAGGCAAGCCUUUCAAAGCCAAAUACAAACUGGUCAACCACAUCAGAGUCCACACGGGGGAAAAAACCCUUCCCCUGCCCCUUCCCUGGCUGUGGGAAAGUCUUUGCCAGGUCAGAAAACCUGAAAAUCCACAAAAGGACUCACACAGGUGAGAAGCCCUUUAAGUGUGAGUUUGAAGGCUGUGACAGACGAUUUGCAAAUAGCAGCGACCGUAAAAAACACACAUGCACGUCCACACUUCAGACAAGCCUUAUCUGUGUAAAAUGUGUGACAAGUCCUACACCCACCCAAGCUCCCUCAGAAAACACAUGAAGGUAACUAAACAUCUCUCCCUGCCAUAG